ACUACCGCCCUCAAAUGAAAACAAAAGAAAAAAAUGGCAAAUUUGCAAAUUCGGGAGGGGGAAAUGCAUUAUAAACAAGGAUUUGCGAGUUUAUUUGCGAAUUUGAGUUCAAACGUUACAAUUCCAAAGGUUAAUUCUACUUUUGAAUUUACUCUAAUUUCCCGCCAAUUUUUAGAUGUUACAUUCAAUUGGUGGGAAACUAUUUUAAAGCCCAUUCAGGUGAGACCUGUUUGGAAGAUGGGGGUGUUUAAUAUUAUAGGGUAGCGCGACGCUCUGUAUUUUGCAAAUGGUAGAUGCGGUAAUGUUGUGAAUUUUCCUGGGCGUCUUUUCGGGUCGGAAUUUGAGCAGUUCCUUCGCCUUAAAACCAGCAGAUCUCGACUCUUGAACCUGCAUCCCCCGCAGACAAACUAACGAGUGGUUUUUAAGUGUCAGAAGAUCCAAAAGAAGACAGAAGGACGUACACCGAAAUGUCGGAUGCUGCGAAUGACCACCCCCUGCAGGCUUCCGUCCCGAAGUUCAAAUUUAAUUCAACCUUGCAGUGUUUGUGUAUGGACACGAUAUUGGAGUCAUUGCGGGAGUCAAGCAAACUGUCCUUGGACUUGCAAAAUCUAGUUGCACUGCCAGUGUCCGUCCGCACCGAUUUGCUGAAGAAAUUGGCGAUCGCAAACAAUGGCCGAUUUGGAGCCGAUCUCAUUUCUCGCCUAACGAUGAGGUCAGCGGUGCUGGCUCUAACGAAGAAUUGUCUCCGAGAACUUAAUUUCAUAUCCUCCAAAUGGUUCCCCAGCCAGGAAAAUGAAUAUUUUGACAGCACAAGUCAGCCUUUUUGGAAAAUGAUGUAUUUUGAACUGUAUUCUAACUUGGAAGCUAGCAGUUGUAACACAAUCAUGAAACUGCAAAUCGGACAACAUAUUUUAGGCCGGCUUCCAUCAGCCCUUUAUAGUUGCCCGUUCCCUACCUCCAUCUUGAAGAUGAGUAAACUCUUUCACCUCGAGUUGCCAAGCUGCUCUCUCGGACAUGAACAGCUUUCAUCGUUAUGCCAUCAUCUGCGUCGAUUGGUCCAUUUAAGCUGUGAGAUCUCAUGUAAUCUGGACGUUGAAGACGUCAUUUCCGUCAUCAAGCAAUCACCACAACUGGAAGAAUUCCUGUUCACCGUGCAGCAGCCACCAUUUCCUCCAAAGUGCCGGAAGCGCAGGCACGGCGUCCAUGAAGUGAUGUACAACCAGCUCGUUCAUCACUGCGUUAAACGCUUGCCCUUCUUGCGAGCUGUGGGUCGGCUCGUACGAUCUGCAAACUCAGCCCCGCAUUUAAACGAUCUCUGCCAUGACUUGUGCACCAUCAACGGCCGUGAACUGUCCAAUCGUGAGAGCAAACUCGAACAUCUCGUGGUGCGCCGCUACAUGACAUCUGCACAGGCUAAGUACCACUCAAAACACGCCAAGUUCCUCGAACUUCACUUGCGAUCCCUGGACACUCAGGACAGCACGACUUCUCUCCUCGAAUUGCGGAACAUCGAGCAUCUCUCGAUACACUCUGUGGGCAGCCAUCAUCGUGUCAACUACGAACUGGCUUUUGAACGACUGCUGCGAGUGUUUGGAAACACUCUAAAAUCCCUUUCCAUGGACCAUGCGCUACCGAUUUUCUCCGGUGAUUUGUACAGUAUGUGUCCACAUCUAGAAAAACUUGACGUCGUAGAGCAGCUCGCGAUUUUCCCUGAACGUCUGAGGGAAAUCACCUACCGUGCCCAAUAUCUAGGCAACAGGAAUCUGAUCAGUUUGCUCACAGCACCGCACUUGGAGCGGCUGACAGUCAAAUUUAUUGAGAUCAACUUGGCCUCACUGAAGUUGGUUCAACAAUUCGUUGAAGAUGAGCAGGUCAUCGCACCAGAACUGAGUUACCUGGAAUUUAAGACUCUGCCCAACGAGGAACUCAGCUUUGUAAAUAAUGUGGUGCUGCUCGCUCUUGCAAUCUGCCGCAAAGCCAACAACCUGAGACAAGUUAUCCUAACUCCAAAGUACCUGCUGAAUCAUAGAACUUUUAAAUUAAUCAACCAAAGGGCUCUUGACUGAUAUUAAAAUAUCUCCCAGUUUUUUGUCAUGUGCUUCCAUUGUAUGGCAAGUAAAAAAUUAAUAAAACUUAAAAUUUGGAUAAACUGUCCAACUGACUUUAAUUUGAUUUCUUGAAGAACUCUAAAUGCCAGGUUAGUCCAAUCAUUUACUUCUCCAUCAUUUCAACAUAUAUAUUAUUUUUCCUUUGUUUCGUUGCAAGAUUUAAAUAAAGUGACAUUU